CGUGCAACACUCCGGAUUACAUGGGGGAAAGAUCCGCUCCACUUUCCACUGUUGGUGCUUUCUUCAUUGCGAGCCGGCGUGCAGGACUCACCGCCUGCUGUAACACAGGGCACCGUUUGGCGGUCUCGCUGGGUAUUAGACAACCGUGCAAUUACACCCAUAAAAAGUCCCCCUGGUAAAACACGUGUUAUUAUUUGCUGACGCGAUCGUUUGGUGAAAACCACGAGAUCGGCGAGAAAUCCCAUGCCUCAUGUAGGAACUAUGAGACUGCCUAACGCGGGGCUGCAGUCAACACCGCACAGAAUGUCACUUGUAAAUCCAUAGACCACAUUUGCUGAUAUUCUUACAUGUGCAAUACUUUGCUGCUCCUCUGCAAGCAUCUCCCCUCAGAGCCCAACGUGAUUGGACGGUGGGAGAGCCAAUAGGCAGCGGCGCAGCAGGUUAUUUGAACUCUCUCCUCACACAGCUCCACUAAACCAGACAACAUCCUCAGACUUUUCAAACAUUCGCUCACCGGACUCUGUCGUCAUCAUCGUCCUCAUCCUCUGUCCUCUCAGUCACGGCUCCCGCGGACACAGGGAGGAGAGCAAAGGGACUCCUUUUUACCUUCCUUUUAAAUAACACCUUCACAUCCGGGGGGUCAAGGAUGGGAACCGACUGCUUCUGUUUACAUCUGGAAAUUCCAGUGCUGCACCUGUUUUGACCGAGGAAAACUCGUGCGUGUUUUGAGAAUGAGCAGAGUCGCCGCGAUGAUGAAGUCUGAAACUCUGCUUCAUUUGGAGGACGACAGGCGAGCAGAGGAGAGGAGCAGGUUGAACUACGCCGACUUGCCUCACAGCGGUUUAACAGACGGACAGAACACAGACCUGCUGCAAUACCAGGACACCAGCAAAAACAGCUCCACUGUCAAGUACAGAAGAUAUGGGUCUCGUCUGGGCGGGGUCAAGGUUCGCCACAAGAGACAGGUGCUGCAGGACAUGGCCCGACCCCUGAAACACUGGCUGUACAAACACCGAGACAACCCCUACCCCACCAAGACUGAGAAGGUCCUGCUGGCUCUGGGCUCACACAUGACACUCGUACAGGUUUCCAACUGGUUUGCAAAUGCCCGGCGGAGGCUGAAAAACACAGUGCGGCAGCCGGACCUGAGCUGGGCCCUGAGGAUCAAACUGUAUAAUAAAUACAUCCAGGGAAACGCUGAGCGGCUGAGUGUGUGCAGUGACGACACCGACUCGGAUGAUGAGGAGUGUCCCUCACAAGCUCCCAUCGGCCAGGCAAACUUUGGCAGGUCAUCGUCCCACGAGAGCGCGCUCGAGAAACGGGGCAGUGUCCUCGCCAUGGCCGACCCUGCCAACAGCGAUGGCGGCGCGUCGCCUCCCUCCAAGUACAAGAGCAGCCUGCUCAAUCGCUACCUGAACGACACCCUGCGGCACAUGAUGGCGGCGGAGGCCGACGGCGUCGCCUCGUCCCGCAAGAGGAGGAGCCACUCCGAGUCGCUCAGCUCCAACGAAUGUGACCGGGAUGCCGUGUCCCCGGCCUCGUCCUACGAGACGGACACAAACUUUGUCUACCACAUGGAAACAGUGGACUACACACCAACGAACUGUGACAGGAACCAGCCAGAGGCCAGAGGUCAGCAGAGACACGACGACCAGGGCUGGAGGGAGAUCCACGCCGCCGUGGCCCUGACCAACUUGGCCCAGGGGCAGAGCCGUGCGGGGGAGAUGAGCAGCGGCCCAGUGCCAACCGCCGUUGCCGCCAAAGGGCAGAGCUGCACCCGGGGGCCCUUAUCCGCAGCGACGACAGUCGCCAUCUUGGACAGGAUGCGCGCCGCGGGGCCCGCCUGCGCCCCGAGGCCCGCCUGCGCCCCGAGGCAGAGCUGCACCGCGGGGCCCGCUCUGGCCAGCCGCAUCAUCCAGAAGUCUUCUCACAUCGCCGAGGUCCAGACAGUCAAAGUGGCCCUGGCGAACAGCGUGUAGGCAUCGAACACGAGGCGCCUGGUCCAUAAAGACAUUGUUCCGUGUAGGAAUGCCAGACGCUUAGGUGCCUUGGAAUACAUGUACAGCCCCUGUUAUUUUGUAUUGCUAAUUAACUUUGACAUUUUUUGAAAUAUUUUUGACAUUGUAAAAUAGAAAGACUAACACUGUUGAAUAUUUUUGCUAUGUCCCUAACGCCCCCCGUCGCAGUGAGUUAUAUUAACUUCAACGAGACUGGAUUAUCUUCCGAUCCCCCAGUCCGACAGCAGCUAUUUGAAUAAACCCAAUGUGAAAUCCUU